CGUUCUUAUGCAGACCUGCUCGUGCACACAAAGUCCUAUUCAAUACGUACAGAUUGCUGGAGAAAACAUUCCGCCAAGAGCACUCCAGCAUCUCCGUCACUCCGAACUCAUCAACUAUGAGAUUAAUGCGUAGGGAUACAAGUUGAUAUCUAUAAAGAGGGCGAUGUCCGCCUUCCAAUUGAUCUGUCUUUUUGCAGAACAUCAUCCAACAACAUCAUCAUUCAUCUAUAACAAGAGCUCGCUUCCACCGUUUCUGUAAUCAAACUUUCACCACCCUACAGAUCCAUUUAGUCGCUUACCACUCUUCAAAACAUAACCAUCACAAGUACGAUCAACUAUUUGAUCCACUAUGUCGCCAGCUCGUCGUGCUUUGAUCGCUGUUACCUCUGCGCAGGCCAGUCUUUUCAACGGCAAGGAAACUACCGGCGUGUUCAUCAGCGAGGCACUACAUCCCUACAAUGUCUUGAGAGCCGCUGGAUUCGAAGUCGACCUCGCUUCGGAAACCGGCACUUACACACCCGACUGGCUAUCUCAGCAGCCGGACUUCCUCAGUGGUGACGAUCUUGCAACCUGGAAUGACACCAACAGCGAAUUCCGCCAAAAGCUCGACAACAUGCCCAAGGCUGCGGACCUAGACGGCUCAAAGUACGGUCUCUUCUAUGCCUCGGCUGGCCAUGCCGCGUUGAUCGAUUAUCCCACUGCUUCUGCUUUGCGCAGCGUUGCUGAGCAGGUAUGGGCGAACGGCGGUGUUGUCUCCUCAGUCUGUCACGGACCCGCUAUCUUCGCCAAUAUGAUCGACCGCACAACCGGUGAGCCUCUGAUCAAGGGAAAGAAGCUCACAGGCUUCACCACUGAAGCUGAAGACGCCAUGAAGAUCAUGGAGGAGCUCAAGAGCUGGAAGGUGGAGUUGGUCGAGGACAUCGCGGCUCGACUGGGCGCCACUUAUGAACGAUCCUCUGGAAUUUGGGAUGACUUUCACAUCAUUGAUGGUCGUCUUGUCACGGGGCAGAACCCAGCUAGUGCAGCUUCCACUGCUAAAGCUGCUGUUGAGGUUUUCGAAAAGCUGUAAAAGGUUCAACUAUAAUCCAGGUCCUUUAGGUAGCGGCGAUUGGGAGGCUUUUGUUUAGGGAGAUCAGUGUUGUUGCUUUCACGUAGUGGAUAAUCGAGUAAUCAAAA